AUGUGGAGCUCGGGCGCACUCUCUCGUCUAGUCGUUGUGCUGCUUCUUCACUCUCUGGUAGCUCUAGUCUCUGCUCGGCAAUCAAACAGAACCACUUGGAAGACACUCAGCGGAAAUGCACCGCUAGUCAUAGCACGUGGGGGCUUUUCAGGGCUAUUUCCUGAUUCUAGUGUGCAUGCCUAUAAGUUUGCAUUGGCAACCAGUAUACGAAAUGUCAUUCUGUGGUGUGAUGUCCAAUUAACAAAAGACGGAGCUGGGAUUUGCCUUCCAGAUAUCAAGCUAGACAAUGCUACAGACAUUGCUCAGGUUUUCCCAAAUAAAGCUACAAAUUAUAUAAUCAACGGUGUACCGACCCGUGGGUAUUUUUCUGUGGAUUACACCCUGAAGGAUCUGUCCAAUGUCAUGCUUGUUCAGGGAGUCAUGUCUCGAACUCAAAGGUUUGAUGGCAUUGGGUUUUCAAUUCUUACUGUUCAAGACAUGGUCAAACAAGUCAGCCCACCGAGCUUAUGGUUGAAUAUUCAGCAUGAUGCAUUCUACACAAAACACAAAUUGAGCAUGAGAAGAUUCAUACUCUCUAUUUCUAGAAGUGUGGUUAUCACUUAUAUCUCAUCACCAGAGGUUAACUUCCUAAGAAGUAUAGCAUUGCAAGUGAACCGAAGAACAACAAAACUGGUUUUCAGGUUUCUGAGACAGGAUGACACAGAACCGUCAGUUAAUCAGACUUAUGGCUCACUCUUGAAAAAUAUUACUUUUAUCAAGUCAUUUGCUUAUGGUAUUCUCGUUCCCAAAGAGUACAUAUGGCCCACAGAUGCAAGAAAUUAUCUAAAGCCACAUACCUCUUUGGUCUUAGAUGCUCAAAAAGUGGGAUUGGAAGUCUUUGCUUCAGAUUUUGUGAGUGAUGUUCCACUAAGCUUUAAUUACAGUUACGAUCCUCUUGCUGAAUACCUCCAAUUCAUUGAUAACGGUUGCUUUUCUGUCGAUGGCGUGCUGUCUGACUUCCCUAUUACUCCAUCUGAAGCCAUUGAUUGCUUUGCUCACCUAGGCGAAAAUGCCACAGAAAGAGUUAACAAUUUGGUUAUUUCUAAAUAUGGAGCCAGUGGAGACUAUCCUGCUUGUACUGACUUGGCCUAUCAAAAGGCCAUAGAGGAUGGUGCGGAUGUUCUUGACUGUCCUGUUCAAAUGUCGAAGGAUGGAAUACCAUUUUGUUUGAGCUCCGUCGAUCUUACGGAGAGUACAACAGCCGCUCAAUCAAAUUUCAGAAAUAUCACAGCAACUAUCCCAGAGAUAAAGUCUGGCAGCGGCAUAUUUGCAUUCAACUUGACAUGGAACGAUAUAAAAACCUUGAAGCCCUCAAUAUUGAAUCCCUAUUAUGCAAAAUACGAAAUGUUCCGGAAUCCAGAUAAUAAGAAUGCUGGGAAUCUUGUAACAUUAUCGGAUUUCUUGUCCAUUACAAAGAAUCAGACAUCUCUAUAUGGUAUCAUGAUUAUCAUUGAGAAUGCAGCCUAUCUUGCAGAGAAGGAAGGAUUACGUGUGACUAAUGCAGUGAUUGAUACCUUGAGCAAAACAGGUUAUGACAAGUCAGAGGCCCAUAAGGUUAUGAUUCAGUCCGCUAGUAGUUCUGUGCUAAAGAAAUUUAAGGAGAAAACAAAAUAUGAGCUUGUGUACAAAAUCGAUGAAGACGUUGGUGAUGCUGUUGAUUCAGCUGUGGAGGAUAUAAAAAACGUGGCUGAUUCUGUGGUUGUCAAGAAGACAUCAGUAUUUCCUCUUAAUUCAGAAUUCCUGAUUGGCUCUACCAGGAUAGUGUCAAAGCUAAAAUCCUCCAAACUCUCUGUUUAUGUAGAAAGCUUCAGCAAUGAGUUUACUUCUCAGGCAUGGGACUUCUUCUCAGAUGCGACUGUUGAGAUCAACUCAUUCGUUCGCGGAGCGGACAUUGAUGGUGUCAUCACAGAUUUCCCCAAGACAGCUAAAAGAUACAAAAGGAACAAAUGUUUAAAUUUGGGUGACAAAACACCACCUUACAUGGCUGUUGCUCGCCCCGGCGCUCUUUUUGGACUUAUCACAGAUGAUGAUUUGCCACCAGCUGAGGCUCCACUCCCAGUUCUCACAGAAUCUGAAGUGUCAGAGCCAUCUUUGCCUCCUGUUUCGAAGGUGCCCACAAAUUCCUCCUUUUCUACCGAAAAUAGGUCAGGAGCUUCGCCCCCAGGAAAUGCACAAUCUGAGGUCACUAUCAGGAUCAUUUUUUUCUUUCUAGCCUUCUUUGUUGUUCCUCUUCUGCUUUGAGUGUCAUAUUCCUCCCAAAAUGUUCAUCAUGCAGAAUUUAGCACUUUAUGUUGCUAUCACUUAGCUGUUAUCUUAGUUGUUAUACCUUAAUGUAGGUCCAUUUCUCUCUCCCAUUUCCCCAAUCUCUACCUGGGUUAAUUAGAUGAACGCAAUCCUGAGUACAUGUUAAGUUAUUCCUGUUUGAUGAACCUUUUUGGACCUUUUGCUAUCAUGGAUGAGUAUUUAUGGUUACUUUU